AUGAAAGAUUUUCAAUUGCAAAUUCCCAUUGAUGAAAAAAUCGAGCCAGUUGUCCAAUCGGUAAGGCGUAUACCUUUCAGUCUCAGAGAAAAGCUAGAAAAAAAGCUAUUAGAACUAGAAAACAAUGAUAUAAUCGAAAGAGUAAACAGUCCUAGCCGCUGGGUAAGCCCAGUUGUUGUAGUGCCUAAAGGAGACGACGAUAUUAGGCUUGUUAUCGAUAUCAGGCGAAGCAACACGGCUGCGAAGCGGGUACGACACCCGAUUCCUACCGUGGACGAGGUGCUGUACGAUUUGAACGGAUCAACAGUGUAUAGUAAGCUAGACAUUUCAAAUGCCUAUCAUCAACUCGAGCUUCAUCCUGAUUCAAGGGAAGUAACUACGUUUAUAACUCAUGUUGGAAUGUUCCGUUACAAAAGAUUACUCCAGGGAGUCAGCUGUGCUAGUGAAAUGUUUCAGAAAGUGCUUGAACAAGUUCUACAAAAUUGCCCUGGUACACGUAACAUUAUGGAUGAUAUAAUAGUGCACGCGCCUACAAAAGAUGAACACCAGAAGUGUUUAGAAAAUGUGCUCAGAGUGUUACAUGAAAAAGGGUUCACAUUAAACUCAUCGAAGUGUCAAUUUGAAAUGUCAAAAGUGACAUUCAUGGGAAACGUAUUGUCCGAACACGGGGUUGGUCCAACCGAAAGUAAAGUGCGCGAUGUGCUCAACGCAAGAGCACCACGAAAUGCCGCGGAAGUUAGGUCAUUCUUAGGAUUAGUCAAUUUCAAUGCUAGGUAUAUUCAAAAUCUGGCUUCAAUUUCAGAACCGAUGAGAAGACUCACACGAAAAAAUGUCAGGUUUAAAUGGGGCCGCGAAGAGCAAAAUAGCUUUGAUACAUUGAAACAGAAAUUGGCAAGCGCGGAAAUAUUAGGUUAUUUCGACAUAAAUGCCAAAACACAAGUCGUGACCGACGCAAGUCCCUAUGGGCUUUCAGCUGUUCUCACUCAACGUCAAGGCAAUGAUUACCGUGUUAUUUGUUAUGCUAGCCGCAGUUUAACUGAUGUUGAAAGGCGGUAUUCCGUGACCGAGAAAGAAUGUGCUGGCGUUAUUUUUGGAGUCGAGAGAUUUCACACAUAUUUACACGGCAUUGACUUUGAACUUGUUACUGAUUGUAAAGCUGUUCAGUACAUUUUCGCGCCAAAGUCAAAACCAAGUGCGCGAAUCGAAAGAUGGGUCUUGCGAUUGCAGGGAUAUAGAUAUACAAUGCGCCAUGUCCCAAGCCGCGAGAACAUUUCAGAUUGUCUGAGUAGAUUAUUGGCUGAUGAUAAAGAAAAACGGAUGUCAUAUUUUAUAGAUGAUGAUAACUAUAUUCUGAAUAUAGCACGUGCCGCAACGCCUGAAGCGGUAACAACGCGAGAAAUAGAAAAAGCGUCUAGAUACGACCCUGAAAUGUCUUCAAUUCGUGAUUGUUUGAUGUACGGUUUAUGGUACAAAAUUCCAUUUAAGGAAUAUUUGAUUGUUAAAAACGAAUUGUCGGCUAUCGGAUUCUUAGUGCUUCGAGGUACGCGAAUAGUGGUACCAAAAGAAUUAAGAUCGAAAAUACUCGAAGCGGCACAUAGUGGUCAUCCUGGUAUAGUGUCAAUGAAACAGUCACUUCGUACACGCGUAUGGUGGCCACAGAUAGAUCAAGAUAUAGAGAAAUAUUGUAAAUCUUGUCAUGGUUGUCAAUUAGAAGGCCCUCCGGCGCCUCCGGAGCCGCUAAAACCGACGGAACUACCUAGUGGACCGUGGGAAUAUUUAGCAUGUGACUUAUUAGGACCACUUCCGACAGGUGAACAUUUAGUCGUGGUAAUAGAUUUUUACAGCCGAUUUAUGGAAAUAGAAAUCGUAAAAUCCACCACAUCGGAAAAUAUUGCUACAGUUCUUAUGAAAAUGUUUGCGAGACACGGAACAUGCUUCCUUUUAAGGACUGAUAAUGCAAGUUAUUUUACAAGUGACUAUUUCAAGUCAUUUCUAAAAGAACAUGGCAUUAAACUAACACAUUCUACGCCCUUAGCGCCAAAUCAAAAUGGGCAAGUAGAAAGACAGAUGUCAAGCAUAAUGAAGCGUAUUCGCAUAGCAAUUGCUGAAAAACGUAAUUGGAAACAUGAGCUUCAGACAUAUUUAUUGAUGUAUCGCAGUAGCCCGCAUGCUACCACAGGUGUAAGUCCAGCAGAAUUACUGUACGGUCGUAAAAUUAGGACCAAAGUCCCAUGCUUACAGGAAUACGGAAAAUUCGAUCUUUCCGAUCAAUCUGUAAGAGAUAGAGACUGCGAGAAAAAAGAAAAAUCAAAACAGUAUACGGAUCAAAAAAGGAAUGCGGUAGAAAAUUCCAUUUCUGUAGGUGAUUUAGUCUUGUUAAGAAACAAAAAGAAAGAUAAAACAGACACGCGUUUUUCGUCUAAACCUUAUACUGUUACGCAGAAACACGGGAAUUCGGUUACCAUAGAGAGGGAUGGGGUGCAGUAUAAUAGGGAUGUCACUCAUUUAAAAAAGUACGAAACGCCGUUUUCGGAAAAUACGUCCCAUGAAAAGAAAAAGUGCAUGUCGAAAAAACCAGAAAAAUACAAAGAUUACGUCUGUGAAAAUGAGUACAGUUGA